AAAAUUAAUGCCUUGAGUCGUCUCGUGAAUAGUUUGACAAGGAAUCUAAGAUGGCGUCGUGCCUCGCUGGCCAUUUUGGACCCAGCCAGGAUUACGUUCCGGUGGCAGAGUUUUACGCCGACAAAUCGGUUUUCGUUACCGGCGGGACAGGAUUUAUGGGGAAGGUGUUAGUAGAAAAACUGUUGAGGAGUUGUCCAAAAAUAAAAAAAAUCUACCUGCUGAUGCGGCCGAAACGAGGUCAGGACGUCGCGUCGCGUCUCGCCGAACUCACACAAUCACCGUUGUUCGAGACGUUAAGAAAAGACCGGCCGCAGGAACUCAACAAGAUCGUGCCCAUAGUCGGUGACAUCACGGAACCCGAAUUAGGGAUCAGUCCAGCGGAUCAGUCGAUGCUUUGUCAAAAGGUAUCAGUGGUGUUUCAUUCGGCGGCGACGGUGAAGUUCGACGAGAAACUAAAGUUGUCGGUCACGAUCAACAUGUUGGGUACGCAACAGCUGGUUCAGCUCUGCCAUCGGAUGUUGGGCCUUGAGGCGCUCGUACACGUUUCAACGGCAUAUUGUAAUUGCGAAAGAGAACGAGUAGAGGAGACCGUGUACGCACCCCCCGCGCACCCUGAACACGUAGUCACGUUGGUACAGACACUACCCGACGACCUGGUUGACAGAAUCACACCGGAUUUAGUGGGAGAUAGGCCUAACACUUACACGUUUACAAAGGCACUCGCGGAGGAUAUGCUAAUAAAGGAGUGCGGCAAUCUUCCAGUUGCGAUCGUCAGACCUUCAAUCGUGCUCUCAUCCGCGAGGGAGCCGGUCAAGGGUUGGGUGGACAACUGGAACGGGCCGAAUGGCAUUAUCGCUGCGGUCGGCAAGGGCAUCUUCCGCACGAUGCUGGGCACGGGCACGAGGGUAGCGGACCUGGUUCCAGUGGACACUGUCAUAAACCUGAUGAUCGUGUGCGCUUGGCGGACCCAUUUGAGACGAGGCGACGGCGUGAUAGUAUACAACUGCUGUACGGGACAGCGGAAUCCCAUCACGUGGCAGCGUUUCGUCAAAACCAGCUUUAAAUACAUGAGGAAACAUCCGUUCAGCGAAGUGGUGUGGUACCCGGGAGGUAACAUCACGAGUAACCGUCUCGUGCACAACACCCGCGCGUUGAUACAACAUCGCGCCCCAGCUACAGUCGUCGACUUCUUCGCUAAGCUCUCGGGGAGCAAGCCCAUGAUGGUCCGUGUCCAAAAUAAGUUAGAAAAGGCUUCCUCCUGCCUCGAAUACUUCACAACCCGCCAGUGGGCGUUCUCCGAUGACAACGUGCAGGCGCUCUGCACCGCGCUGUCAGUUGAGGAUCGCAACACCUUCGACUUUGACGUCACCAACAUCGACUGGGACGCGUACAUAGAGAGCUACGUGCUGGGAAUCAGGAGGUUCCUCUUCAAGGAGAGCCCCGACACGCUGCCUCGCUCCAGAAAGAUAUUACGAAGGUUACACAUAGUCCACAUUCUAACGCAAGUGACCGCCGUGUUCUUCCUAUGGAGAUUUCUGUUUAGUCGCUCGAAUGCGCUACGGAACCUCUGGCGUCGCAUCGUCGAUAUAAUGACUCGCGCCGCGCGACUUUUGGCCGUCGCCUGAUGUCGCGCGACACCCUGAUACACGCUUAAAUAAUGCCAUUUGACGCGCGACAAAUCGUUGAUAAUAAAAGCUUGAAGAAAUAAAGUAAUGUUGAAUCUUUUUGUGGCCGCGCGACUAAUUGUUACGGGGAUGCGAAUCGUCUGGGCGUAAUUAGAGGAUUUCCUUAAGAAAUUAACUGAAGGUUAUUUAAACUGAGGCAAAUUUAGUCGUAUCUACGACGAUGGAAUCCAGUAGUUGGAAUGUAUCUUUCCUUUGUCUUCACUGUGAAUCGCGUAAGCGACAGCGAUAGUAUCUAACGUAUCACCAGAGUGUUCACAUACAAAUCCAGGCUGCUAUGAAAAAAUAUAACGUUAUCGCCAAUUCACUGAAAAAAGCUAGUGCGUUAGCAAAGAAACCUCUUUCAUGGAAUGUUUUACUAUUCAUAGAAUAAUAUAUAACUUGCAGCCAUAGCGAAAAGCUAUAUUCACUUUAUUAUAAUUUA